AUGUCCCGCACAAUUACCAACGACAUUAAUGGCUCUCACAGCCUACCACGGAUUGCUUGGAUUGGUCUGGGCAACAUUGGUGCGGGCAUGUGCAAGAACAUCGCAGCAAAGGCACAGAUCAAACUACCAGUUUCGGUAUUCGAUGUGGACAUGGAUCGUGUACGUGCAGUGCAAUCACAUGACCCCAAGAGGUUUCGUAUCGCAGCAUCAGUUGUCGAUGCAGUCCGCGAAUCAGACAUGAUAUUUUACUCUGUCCCUGAUGAUGCCAUUGUUCUGGAUGUCGUAAAGCAAAUCACUUCAAUCGGCAUUGAGGACAAGAUCAUGGUCGAUUGCAGCACCAUCCAUCCAGAUACAACAACUAAAGAGGACGCCAUGAUCGGAUCUAGAAGCGGCAAAUUCGUCGCUUGUCCGGUCUUUGGUGCCGCAGCAAUGGCGGACUCGGGGCAACUGAUUUGCAACCUUGCUGGUCAAGAAGAAAGCGUGGCCAAAGUGCGUCCAUUCUGCAACGGCGUCACAAGUGCACACACCAUUGAUCUUGCUGGCCAGUCUCCGGCUCAAGCGACCCUUUUGAAGAUUAUUGGCAAUACGUUUGUCUUGAACAUGGUCUCUGUACUCUCUGAGGGCCACGUCCUCGCCGAAACAUCAGGCCUUGGAACGGACGUUUUGCAUCAGUUCAUAGAACUCAUGUUUCCUGGUCCAUACACCAAAUACUCAGAGAGGAUGUUAAGUGGAGAUUACUAUAAGACGGAGCGACCGUUGUUCUCGGUCGCCCUAGCUAGAAAAGAUGCUCGACAUGCGCAGGCACUUGCAAAUUCGGCCGGCUUUACUUUGGAAAACGUUGCGACUGCCGAUAAUCUCCUUCGGGUCGUGGAAAAGCACAGAGGUCAGCAAGCAGAAAUGGCAGCUAUGUACGGUUCAAAGCGUUUAGACGCGGGUCUAGCCUUCGAGAACCAACAGCAGUUGUAA